AUGGUGCCUAAAUUGGCUGCCAUGCAACAGAUGGCGGUGUCUCGCCGCUGGUGGGAAGAACUGCAGGACCAAUCCGAGUGCCAGGUGCUGAUUGUGACUGCAGGUUUUUCCCAACAUGGAAAGUUUAACCCUGCAAAGUUUGUCCAGCAUACGUUCCUCUUGGAGAGUAAAAAUGGUGGAUAUAUUACCCUGCCCAAUGCCUUUCCUUACUCCUCAGACCAGACCCUCCUGAACAUCAACCCGGACUCAGCUCUGAUCACUGAGGCACCAGAUGCCCCUAAAUCUGAACCUGGACCCAGCUGUGUGUCUUUGAAGAGUGAUCGAUCAAAGUUUUACAUCGAUAACUUUAAAGGAACAAAACCCGCUCCUGCUGAGAAAGACGAUCAGGAGAGUCUUCAGCAUAACCAGCAGCAGCAAACUGAUCUGCACUCAGUAUUUAAGAUGCUAGAGCACAACAUUAUCACGUUUGUGAAGAACGAGCUAAAGAAGAUGCAGAAUGAUCUGAAUCCAGAUUAUUCAGAGUGUCAGAGGGAUGAAGAGGAGGUGUUGGACAGUGAGGAAGAGAAGCAGAGAAGGAGCAGCAGAGAGGCAUUUCUGAAACUUGCAGUUAACUUCCUGAGAAUAAUGAAACAGGAGGACCUGGCUGAUUGUCUGCAGAGCAAAAAUCCUGAUCCACUUUGUGAGAAUAUGUUUAAAUGUAACCUAAAGAAGAAGUUCCAGAGUGUCUUUGAGGGGAUUGCUAAACCAGGAACCCCGAUCACUCUAAAUGAGAUCUACAUAGAGCUCUGCAUCACAGAGGGAGGGAUCGGAGAGGUCAACACUGAACAUGAGGUCAGACAGAUUGAAAUGUUUUCCUGGAAACCAAACAGACCAGAAACACCAAUCAGGUAUGAAGACAUCUUUAAAGUCUCAACUGAAAGAGACAAACCAAUCAGAACAGUUCUGACCAAAGGAGUGGCUGGCAUCGGGAAAACAUUCCUGACACAAAAGUUCACCUUGGACUGGGCUGAAGACAAGACCAACCAGGACGUCCAGUUCCUUUUUCCUUUCCCAUUCAGAGAGCUGAAUUUACUGAAGGAUAAAAAGUUCAGCUUAGUGGGACUUAUUCAUCAUUUCUUUACUGAGAUCAAAGAAGCAGGAAUCUGUAAAUUUGAAAAGUUCAAAGUUGUGUUUAUCUUUGAUGGUCUGGAUGAGUGUCGACUUCCUCUGGACUUCAACAUCACUGAGAUCCUCACUGAUGUUACAGAGUCCACAUCAGUGGAUGUUCUGCUGACAAACCUCAUCAGGGGAAAGUUGCUUACUUCCGCUCACAUCUGGAUAACCACACGACCUGCAGCAACCAAUCAGAUCCCUGCUAAGUAUAUAGACAUGAUUACAGAGGUCAGGGGGUUCACUGACUCAAAGAAGGAAGAGUACUUCAGGAAGAGACUCAGAGACAAGGAAGAGGCCAACACCAUAAUCUCUCACAUCAAGACAUCACGAAGCCUCCACAUCAUGUGUCACAUCCCAAUCUUCUGCUGGAUCACUGCUACAGUUUUAGAGAGUGUGUUAAAAACCAAACAGGAUGGAGGAAAGCUGCCCAAGACACUGACUGAGAUGUACAUUCACUUCCUCGUGGUUCAGACCAAACUGAAGAACAUCAGGUAUGAUGGAGGAGCUGAGACAGAUCCUCUUUGGAGUCCAGCGAGCAGGAAAAUGAUUGAAGCACUGGGAAAGCUGGCGUUUGAGCAGCUGCAGAAAGGAAACCUGAUCUUCUAUGAAUCAGACCUGACAGAGUGUGGCAUUAAUGUCAGAGAGGCCUCAGAGUACUCAGGAGUGUUCACACAGAUCUUUAAAGAGGAGGGAGGAGUGUACCAAAAUAAGGUUUACUGUUUUAUCCAUCUGAGCAUUCAGGAGUUUUUAGCUGCUCUUUAUGUCCAUCUGACAUUCACCAACUCUGGUAUCAACCUGCUGGAAAUGGAACAAAUGGCAUCAGUGCAGACUGGAGAGUCUUUAAUACAAAAUUUCUACCAGAGUGCUGUGGACAAGGCCUUGAAGAGUCCAAAUGGACAUCUGGACUUGUUCCUUCGCUUCUUCCUGGGUCUUUCAAUACCAGCCAAUGGGGACCUCCUACAAGGCCUGCACACACAAACAGGAAUCAGCUCACAGAUAAAUCAGGAAACAGUCAAAUACAUUAAAGAAAAAAUUAAUGGAUUUCUCUCUCCAGAGAAGAGCAUCAAUCUUCUCCACUGUUUGAAUGAAUUGAAUGAUGACUCUAUUGUGAAGGAGAUCCAACAUUACCUGAGUUUAGGACAUCUGUCUAAAGUUAAUCUCUCUCCUGCUCAGUGGUCAGCUCUGGUCUUCAUCCUACUGUCAUCAAAAACAGGCGUGGAUGUGUUUGACUUGAGGAAAUACUCAGCUUCAGAAGAGGCUCUUCUGCAGCUUCUGCCAGUUGUCAAAGCCUGUAAGAAAGCCCAGUUAAGUGGCUGUAACCUCACAGAGAGAAGCUGUGAAGCUCUUUCCUCAAUUCUAAGUUCCCAGUCCUCCAGACUGCGAGAGCUGGACAUGAGUAACAACAACCUCCAGGACUCAGGAGUGAAGCUGCUUUGUGUUGGACUUGGGAGUCCACAGUGUGCGCUGGAAACUCUCAGGCUGUCAGGCUGUCAGAUCACAGGAACAGGCUUCACCUCUCUGGCCACAGCUCUGCUCUCCAAUCCCUCCUAUUUGAAAGAGUUGGACUUGAGCUAUAAUCACCCAGCAGACUCCGGAUUGAAGCUUUUGACUGCUGAAAAAGAGGAUCCACAUGUGAAACUGGACAUACUCUGUGUGGAGCCUCAAGGAGACCAGUGGAUGAGACCAGGUCUAAGAAAAUAUUUCUGUGAUCUGACGCUGGAUCCAACCACAGCACACAGGAACCUCAAACUGUGUGACGACAACAACAAGGAGGUGACACACGUGAAAGAAGACCAGCUGUAUCCUGCUCAUGAUCAUAGGUUUGAUAAGUGGCCUCAGCUGCUGUGUACCAACAGUCUGACUGGUCGCUGUUACUGGGAGGUCGAGUGGAGUGGAGAGGUUCAUGUUGCUGUAGCUUACGGAGGAAUCAGACGGAAAGGAGAAGAGGAUGAAUGCAGGUUUGGAAGGACUUACCAAUCCUGGAGUCUCUACUGCAGUGAUGACAGGGGUUACUAUGUCGGUCACAAUUGCAUAGCAAGAGCCAUCCCUCUGAUCUCCUCAGCUCUCUCUCACAAAGUAGCAGUGUAUGUGGACUGUUCUGCAGGAACUGUGUCCUUUUACAGUGUCUCCUCUGACAAACUGAUCCACCUGCACACCUUCAACACCACCUUGACUGAACCUGUAUAUGCUGGGUUUAGAGUGAAGCCUGACUCUAGUAUCCACCUCUUUUCCCAGCAUGCUCUGGCUGUGGAGGUAGAAGGAAAUACAGAGGCAGAGUCUGUCCUGCUGCCCUGUCAGCACUCAGGUUUUAUACCUGACAACAAUCCCACAGUGACGUGGACCCGCAAUGAUCUUGAUCCCACAACUGUCCACCUGCGACGAGAAGAAGGAGAUGAUCUUAAAGGACAAAACCAGCGUUACAGAUGGCGCACAUCAAUGACGUCUGAUGCUCUGGACACUUUAGACUUCAGCCUCACUCUGAGAAAACCACAACUGAUUGACAGCGGCAAAUAUAGCUGCACCCUCAGUGAUGGGAGAAAAGAACGGAGACUGACAGAUGUACACCUGCAGGUCAAAGCUGACAGAGAGGAGGUGUAUUCAGGGGAGUUUGUCCAGCUGCCCUGCAAGACCACACUUCAUCUGGCUGAAGGCACUAAAGUGGAGUGGCUGGACAGUGGUGAUCAUAGGGUUCAUGUAUUUCAGAAUGGCCUGGACCAACCAGUUGAACAGAGUAAGAAUUACAGAGGACGAACAGAGAUGUAUGCAAACCUGGUGAAAACUGGAGACCUCAGUCUGUUCCUGGACCACCCCACAGAGAAAGACACCAACAUCUACACCUGCACCGUCUACAGCAGGGAGGGAAACAUCCUGCUGAUGAAACAAGUGAAGCUCUAUGUCAGAGAAUACAAAUCCUAUGCCACAACAAUAAUAAUCACAGUGCCAUGCGUCAUUGUUGUGAUCAUCAUAUCUAUUUGUGUGGGUUUUCGCUGGGGUUACAAACGUCGAGAAAAUAAGGCAGUUGUAGUGGAGUUUGGUCCUGCCUCAGGAGGCUACAGUGGGGUGAAGACAGUCACUAAAAAUAUGUGA